CACAAUAAAUAAAUAAAUAACAUAUACACACACAGCUUGAUGUUUGUUGGGUAUCUUAUUAAGUUUGCUUCUUUGCCUCUUUCUAUUAGCCUGUAUUGUUUUGGAAGAAAAAAAUGUUUUUCAUAAAUCUGAUUCUUUUAAUGUAUCCUGAUUGGCUUUGGUCACUGUUAAAAGAAAUAGAGAUGUAUAUUCUUCAUCUUUCCAUUUGUUGGUUCUUAAAUAAUGUUGUACACUCAGGCCUACUGGGCAUGCACCAAUACCGUAUUUGCCUUGAACACUCUCCCAUAUUACAUGGGUAAGCUUCUUUGGUCUAUCUUUUUUGUAAUGAUAUUCCACAAUAAGCUCCUUUAGGGAAAUUUGUUGGCUAUGUUGUUUGCCAACAAUAUUCUAUUGCUUCAAUAUAUACAGUACACUGAAUAUCUUUGCUGUGUGCAAAAUAGUCCUGAAACGUUUUCCUUUGCCAAAUGAGCUAAGAAGUGUGCAGUACUUACUAGAGGCCAGGUUUGGACCCUCCAGAACCACAUAAAAAACAGGCAACCACUUUCCUUCUCUCACAGUUGUGUAACUAAUCUGAUUGAGAAAGACAGCAGAUCUCUGUUCAGAAUGUUCUUGGUCACUGGACACCUCAUAACUGAAGCUUUAUAUUAACCAUGAUUGUUCUAGUUUCAAGGAUUUGAGGCCAUUUCCCAAGUUCAGAAAAAUCAUGAUCAGUAUUUGUCAAGUAUUAGCCGUUGUGAGGUGUAGUGAUGAGGAGUAGGGACAAUAAAUACAUUCAUCUCCAAUUUUGUAAAACUGAAAAGUGUAAAAAUAAAGAAGCAAGAGAUGCCUUUUGAGUGAAUUUAAUACAGCUGCUUUUGUUGUUAAUAAUAAAACAUCUUACUGAAACCAAAAUUUGCUCAAAGUUUUCAUUAAGCACCCUUUUGGAGCUGUGUCUUAAUUGACUGCCAGAAGUUGAAUAAACCAAUGAGGAAACGCUGUACCCUUCUUAAAAGUAGCAGCAAGUUUUUCUUCCAUAUCCACUUUUGAUACAACAUGAAGGUCAGCAAGAUGUUACUGCUAUACAAAACAGUUACAUUCAUGUAAUACUGUUUUCCAUAUUUCUGUUUUCUUAGUUACUAGAUUAUUGUUCCCAUGCAUCCUUCCCUUAAUUUUCCUUUUACAAGUCGUGGUGGGCCAGGCAUACAUAUCACUAGUCCGCCAGUUUUAGAAAUAGUUUAUCUGACUUUGAUUUGUUUUGAUUGCAUCAGGCAUAUUGCUGAACAGUAAGAAAAGGGUUAAAGAAAAGAGCUCUAAUGAAUAAAAGAUGGGAUUUCUUCUAUAUGCAUUUUUGUUAGCCUUGAUUCCACCGAAAUUCUAUUUUGAUUCUUUCAUUCAAUAGCAAUAAUAAUGUUUUUAUGACUAUCACAGCUUGAAACAUACACACACUCACUCUCUCUCUCUUUCCCUCGCUCUCUCUCAGUCUCCGUCCCUCCCUCCCUCUCCUCAAGCUGCCAGUCUGUCUUAAGGCAGUGGCAGAUGCCUGAUUGGCGGGCUCUGUUUAUUCUGUGACCAGAUUCCUUCUAAAAGAAGGAAGGCCAAGUCUGCCUGAAGCCUAUUGGCCGGGCCUACUCUGGGCCCGCCCCUCUUUUUUUUCGUGGCACACAGCAAAGCGAAGUCUGUGCGGAAUCCUAAACCAGCCCAAUUUACAUCCAUUCAUGAAUCUGUGACGUCAGCAAGCCUUCGGGCUCCUUCGCGGUGGGCUGGAGGAUUGUGUGGGUGGAAUCCCCCUCCCCGUUAUUUUCCUAAUCCAGCAAGGCUUUUAAAAUUAACCUUACAUCUUUUCAAAGCAAGAAAAUGGAACAGCAUGUGUAGGAAUUCUCCGUUGUUUAUUGCCAUGAAUUGCUCUUGGUCCAGUCCAGCAUGAAUUUAAAAUCUUCCGUAGCACUGCUUUGGAUUGGGCAAAGAGUAAGGUAAGUUAGAUGUUGGGGGUUAUAUAGGGUUAAGUGUUGGCACAGCAGGUGCAGUAGAAGAUAAGAAGGUGGGGGUAAAUGAGGAUUAUCGCUUAACAGAUAACCAUGCAGUCCAGAGUGGCUAUACCCUUCCUAGAUGCAGCCAGCAGAAAAAGCCCUAAGGGGGUGGAGGGCCAUUAUACUGGGCAUGAGAGAAUGAUUGAAGGGAAUGAUGGAAAAGAAGAUGAACAAGUAGAAUUAGCAAAUGUAAAGGUGUUGUUAUCAUUUUAAUAUUCAUUUAAUCAACAUAUUGUUUGCACAUUUACUAUGUGUUCUAAGUAUUAGGUACACAGCAGUGAAUAAAACAGACAUAAAUUGUUGCCCUCUUGGAACUUACUUUAAUCUAAUGAAAGGAGAUGAACAGUAAAUAAGUAAAUUAUGUUUAGACAGUGGUACAUGUUAAGGAGAAAAAUAAAGAUGAGAGGGGCCUAGAGGAUGCAGAGAGUGGGUAAAUUUAAAAUAGGACUUUUGCAUUGUGUUGUUUUUGUGUGGAUAUUGAUUCCCCAAAGAGAUGGUGAACCAUCAAAGAAAAGGGUCAGUGGUUGACCUAGUCAGGCACCCUGGAGAUGUAAGGAGAGUUUCUUCUAAGUCCUAAAAGUCAAUGUGAAUUUUCAGCAUUAACUUUAUUGUAGGUACCUCCUUUUUACUUCCUUGAGCAGCAGAGGCAGUACAUUGUGGUUGAGGAAUGCAUCUUCUUAGGAAAGACCUUUUGGACAUUAGUGUACAAGAGUAUGUUCUCUGUGUUAAACAAAAUAAAAGUUGCUCUAAAUGACAAUAUGAAAAUCUAAGAGUAAUUCAGGAUUACAGACCUCUAGUAAAGGUUUUGGAGCCCUCUCUUAAGUCAGAAGUCUGCCCUAAUAAUCUUCUGAGUGUCAUCUCAGGACCUCAGUUACACUCAUGGCACAAUGGCCAACUUUCAGGAGCACCUGAGCUGCUCCUCUUCUCCACACUUACCCUUCAGUGAAAGCAAAACCUUCAAUGGACUACAAGAUGAACUCACAGCCAUGGGGAACCACCCUUCUCCCAAGCUCGAGGACCAGCAGGAAAAGGGGAUGGCACGAACAGAGCUAGUCGAGAGCGUGAACAGCCCCAUCACCACGACAGUGUUGACAAGCGUAAGUGAGGAUUCCAGGGACCAGUUUGAGAACAGCGUUCUUCAGCUAAGGGAACACGAUGAAUCAGAGAUGGUGGUGUCUCAGGGGAGCAGCAACACAGUGGACAGAGAGAGCACGAGCGGAACUGAAGACAUCAAGAUUCAGUUCAGCAGGUCAGGCAGUGGCAGUGGUGGGUUUCUUGAAGGACUCUUUGGAUGCUUGAGACCUGUAUGGAAUAUCAUUGGGAAGGCAUAUUCCACUGACUACAAAUUGCAGCAGCAAGAUACUUGGGAAGUGCCAUUUGAGGAGAUCUCAGAGCUACAGUGGCUGGGUAGUGGAGCCCAAGGAGCUGUCUUCUUGGGCAAGUUCCGAGCGGAAGAGGUGGCCAUCAAGAAAGUGAGAGAACAGAAUGAGACGGAUAUCAAGCAUUUGAGGAAGUUGAAGCACCCUAACAUCAUCGCAUUCAAGGGUGUGUGUACUCAGGCCCCGUGUUACUGUAUCAUCAUGGAGUACUGUGCUCAUGGACAACUGUAUGAGGUCUUGCGAGCUGGCCGGAAGAUCACACCUCGAUUGCUGGUAGACUGGUCCACAGGAAUUGCAAGUGGAAUGAAUUAUUUGCACCUCCAUAAAAUUAUUCAUCGUGAUCUCAAAUCACCUAAUGUUUUAGUGACCCACACAGACGCAGUAAAAAUUUCAGAUUUUGGUACGUCUAAGGAACUCAGCGAUAAAAGUACCAAGAUGUCAUUUGCUGGCACAGUGGCAUGGAUGGCACCAGAGGUGAUACGAAAUGAACCUGUCUCUGAAAAGGUGGAUAUAUGGUCUUUCGGAGUGGUGCUUUGGGAGCUGCUGACAGGAGAGAUCCCUUACAAAGAUGUAGAUUCUUCAGCCAUUAUCUGGGGCGUUGGAAGCAAUAGCCUACACCUCCCAGUUCCUUCCACUUGCCCUGAUGGAUUCAAAAUCCUUAUGAAACAGACAUGGCAGAGUAAACCUCGAAACCGACCUUCUUUUCGGCAGACGCUCAUGCAUUUAGACAUUGCCUCUGCAGACGUACUUGCCACCCCGCAGGAAACUUACUUCAAGUCUCAGGCUGAAUGGAGAGAAGAAGUGAAAAAACACUUUGAGAAGAUCAAAAGUGAAGGAACUUGUAUACACCGGUUAGAUGAAGAAUUGAUUCGAAGGCGCAGAGAAGAGCUCAGGCAUGCGCUGGAUAUUCGUGAACACUACGAGCGAAAGCUUGAGCGGGCGAAUAAUUUAUACAUGGAAUUGAGUGCCAUCAUGCUGCAGCUGGAAAUGCGGGAGAAGGAGCUUAUUAAGCGUGAGCAAGCAGUGGAAAAGAAGUAUCCGGGGACCUACAAACGACAUCCUGUUCGUCCAAUAAUCCACCCCAAUGCCAUGGAGAAACUCAUGAAAAGGAAGGGAGUGCCUCACAAAUCUGGGAUGCAGACCAAACGACCAGACUUGUUGAGAUCAGAAGGGAUCCCCACUACAGAAGUGGCUCCCACAGCAUCCCCUUUGUCCGGAAGUCCCAAAAUGUCCACCUCUAGCAGCAAGAGCCGAUAUCGCAGCAAACCACGCCACCGCCGAGGGAAUAGCAGAGGCAGCCAUAGUGACUUUGCCUCAAUCUUGAAAAACCAGCCAGCCCAGGAAAAUUCACCCCAUCCCUCUUACCUACACCAAGCUCAAUCCCAGUACCCUUCUCUCCAUCAUCAUAAUGCACUGCAGCAGCAAUACCAGCAGUCCCCUCCUGCCAUGUCCCAGAGUCACCAUCCCAGACUCAAUAUUCAUGGACAGGACAUUGCAGCCUGCGCCAACAACCUGAGGUAUUUUGGCCCAGCAGCAGCCCUGCGGAGCCCACUCAGCAACCAUGCCCAGAGACAGCUGCCUGGCUCGAGCCCUGACCUCAUCUCCACAGCCAUGGCUGCAGAUUGUUGGAGAAGUUCGGGGCCCGACAAGGGCCAGACUGGUCCCUGGGGCUGUUGCCAGGCUGACCCUUAUGACCCCUGCCUUCAGUGCAGACCAGAACAGUAUGGAUCCUUACACGUACCCUCUGCUGAGCCAGCGGGAAGGAGCCCUGACCUUUCCAAGUCACCAGCACACAAUCCUCUCUUGGAAAAUGCCCAGAGUUCUGAGAAAAUGGAAGAAAAAGGAUUCAGCAGCUGUAGGUCUGAGUCAUCCCUCGGCACCACACAGCUCAUCACCCCUCCAGUGCUACCUCGAAAAACAAGGCCUCUGCAAAAGAGUGGAGAUGACUCCUCAGAAGAGGAAGAAGGGGAAGUGGACAGUGAAGUUGAAUUUCCACGAAGACAGAGGCCCCAUCGCUGUAUCAGCAGCUGCCAGUCAUAUUCAACCUUUAGCUCUGAGAAUUUCUCUGUGUCUGAUGGAGAGGAGGGAAAUACCAGUGACCACUCAAACAGUCCUGAUGAGUUAGCUGAUAAACUUGAAGACCGCUUGGCGGAGAAGCUAGACGACCUGCUGUCCCAGACGCCGGAGAUUCCCAUUGACAUAUCCUCACACUCAGAUGGGCUCUCGGACAAGGAGUGUGCCGUGCGCCGUGUGAAGACUCAGAUGUCUCUGGGCAAGCUGUGUGUGGAGGAACGUGGCUAUGAGAAUCCUUUGCAGUUUGAAGAAUUGGACUGUGACUCUUCAGAUGGGGAGUGUUCUGAUGCCACAGUUAGGACCAAUAAACACUACAGCUCUGCUACCUGGUAAUGAAGGAACACGCAUCCUGAAGAUCUUGUGACUAUACUGGCAUUUCAGAUCCACCCCACCCUCAGACUUGUCCCACUCUCUCCCAGCAUUUUGUCUGGGAACAGAGACUGCCCCACCUUCACCACCCCUAGAAAUGAGCUGCAAUAACAGGAACAUGAGACUUGGCAAAUCUCUGGAAAAUAAUAUCCAAAUGAAAUUGAGUCUCACUGAACAUUUCAAUCAAGAAUGGCAGGGAUCUAUUUUAUUGAAUAUUCUAGCUACUGUAACAUUGAUAUUUAUUUUUGUUUGACAUUUUAACACUUUGUACUGUAAAGAGUGAACUAUAUAUGAGAUAGAGAGAGAUACAAUAAUUUCUUGCAGAAAAAAAAGAGAUAAAAGAAAGAAAAAGAAAAGAACAGGAAAAAAAGAAAUAAGUGGAAUUUAGGAGCAACAUCCUUGGGAAUUUGUGGGGCCGGGAGGUGUUACUGCUGCUUGAACAGGGGACCAGGUCUUUUGGCUGUAAAUGACUAAAGAAGAGCCAGAGCAAGACAUUGAACAUUUUAGAACA